UGGCGACAGUAGUGCUGAAAGGGUAAAGUCUCGUACAGUCAUGAUGUACACCAAAUCUAGUGAUAAUCCCUUGUUUUAUGUGGGAAACCGCAUUUGUAAGUGAUCGGAACUACUGUUUUCCCGGCGGCCGGCAAGAAACCUUGGCCUUGCCAACUUGGAUGUUCUCUCGCUGAUCGAGACGACUCGACUACAUACGAUUUUUGCAAGCAGAUCACUGAAACAGGUUGAAGAUCAUCAGGACGAUUGCAGACAUUGAAUCAUGGCAGCACCGUCCGCUGAAAACCUUGGUAACCGGGAAGACGUGGAGAUUGCUUGGGCCAAGACAGCUUUUCACCAUGCAGAAACAUACUUCAACUUGGUAUCAUCCGUGGACUCUACAGGGCUAAAGCUCACCAAGCACGAUGAUGAAAUAUUUCAACACUUCAAACAUGACUUCCCUGAUAUGAAGAUAGACAUCAUCGAUCCCGAGGAUCUUAAAAGUGAAAAAUCCAAAGCGAAAUGGCGAGUAUUUUGUAAUCAUUUUGACGGGACUGUAGAUAAUUUCAACUAUGGAACGCUCCUGAGACUGAACGUCAGUGAAGACUACUCGGAAAUCAACUCAAUAUUUGUGACCAGAAUUCAGUUCUAUGCUAUCGAGAUCGCUCGGAAUCGAGCAGGACUCAAUCUGGCAGUGAGGAAAGGCUCCCCGGAGAAAGAGACUCCCGCCCAACCUGACAACAACGCCCAAUCCGACAACGCCAAAGCAAGCGAAGUUGCUUCAUAGCAUACGGCCCCUUCUCCACAAUAACUGAGCCACUAACUUUAUCAUCAACAUUUAUCAUCCGAAUGUCAAUGGACUGCAAUUCAAGAUGGAAGUUGGGACUAGUGUUCCCACACCAAAAAUGUGUAGCUUUAUUUUUUUUCAUUACCAAUAUUAUGCUAUGAACAGGUGUUAUAUGUAUGAUACAUUCGCAGUGUUUUAUAUAUUUAUGUAUUUUAUCAUGUUAUGAGAUUAUUGAUUGAUUUUUAAAAGGAAAUUUGUAUUUUUGAGAGGUUGAAGUGACUCCAAGGGGGGGGCAUUUUUGUUCAAAAAUUUGUUGACAAUUAGGGUCCUCACUCCAAGAUUGAGGUGAUGUGAUAUAUAUGAGUUAUGUCAUGACAAAUAUGCACAACAUUUUUUUUAAUGUUUCUCAAAGGGGGGCAUGGGAGGAUGUGCCUACACCUGGGGAGCGUUUCAUUAAUAUUUUCAUCCGACGUGUUGUCAGAUCUGACAUCUUUCCAUGAUUUUGAUUGGCUG